AUUUAAACUUGAGUGGAUUUUAAACCAUAAUGGUUACCAACAGUGGGAAGAACAAAAAGAAAUCGAAACAAAGUCGCCCUGUACAAGAUAAGGCAACUAAUGAAGAAGAUCAGAUGGAGACCGUUGAACUGUCAAGAAUACCUCCAGAAAAACUGAAUUACUUGAAUAUGAAUCAUAUCUUUUUAGAACUGCAUAAAUCAAAACGAAAGUAUGAAUUAGUAUGCAACGCUUGUGGUAUUUCGAUGACCACUGUUGGUGCAGCUAUUCAUCACACUUCCAUGAAUUAUCAUAAUGUCAAUGUUACAACUGUUGAAUUGAAGCAUACACUCUUUUACCUACCCCCUAUCACGGAGUCUCACAGAGUUGCUUUAGACGCCUCACUGAAAUCGUCUACUGCUUCUGUUAUAGCCGACAGAAAUGAAAUACAACGACGUCAAAAUUUUGCAAAUGAUCUUAUCGCAGCUAUUGAAGCUCGAAUUCCAAAUAUAAGAGUGCGAGGAACUGGCAGUGUGUGGUUUAAUUUAGCGUUACCAGAUAUGGAAGUAUCAUUAGAUGCUGUCCGUGUGGAUGAUGCGGAUGAAUGUUCCUCACCUACAAAAGAGUCGGUUAUCGAUUAUGAGAAUGCUGGUCCUCUUAGCCCUCGGUCAGAUUCUAGUCAGUUGACAGAGGAAGAGAAACGAGCAAAGGCCAAUUCAUUGGGUCUUGGCUACGUUCUAUCACACAUUUUCGAAUUAUUACAAUGUAAUGCCUGUGAACAACCAACUAGUAAAUUUGAAGACACUACAAUGUCAGAAAAGAAUAUUCAUAACUCAAUAUCGUCUAGUGACAAGACUGAAGCUAACGAGCUGUCAGAGGAACCUAAAUUCCCAAAAUUUCAUACUGUCCUACGAACGAAUACAGAUACCUUCUACCUUUCCCUGACGGAUCUCCACGGUGUUGCGUAUCAUAUAGGUACGGGUCAUCCACAUGGAUACGAUCUGGCCAAACUGAUUGAUACUUAUCUUAAACUGAAUGAUAAAGCUCUACAACUUUCAAUCUUAUUUCGAAAAUUGGCAAGAUUGGCUCAUUUAGAUAUGCCUGAAAAUGGUACAUUCGCUGAACCAAUUAUUCCCAUGUUGGUUAUAUUCUACUUACAACACUGCGAUCCAUCAAUACUUCCUAAUCUACAUAAUUUAUAUCGUCAGCAUAUGGGUAAUAUUCCACAAGAUUCGUAUCAUCAAGUCCUGUUGCCGGAUGGCGAUUUGUCAUUUAUUACAGACAUAGAAUUAAUCCGAAGCUUGUGUCCCGAUAAACCAUUUACUGAUUCAUCUUCAUCCUGCGAGUUACCCAGUUUAGCUGAUUUAUGGCUUGGUUUUCUUCGUUUUUAUUUAUUCGACUUUAAAAUGUCCUCAUGUGCUAUUGAUAUUAUGCGAUCACAACCAGUUUCAAAGUCUAGUGGUGCAAAACGUUAUUUUACAGUUAUUGAUCCUUUUAAUAGGACCCGAAACCUGUGCAGUAAUGUAACUGCAGUUAGCCUAGAUUAUAUUAAUUCACAACUAUUGGCUGCAUAUGGUUAUUUUGGUGUACCACGUUUAGCCAGAAAUGGUCGACAUGUAUUCACAAAAAUAUCUGUCGCUAAAGAAAUCAAUGUAAAAGAAGAUGAUAAAAGCGAUGGUGGUGAUGAUGAUAAAAAUAAAGAUCAGGAGGGGACUCAAACAAACAUUGAACAGAAUGAAAAUACUACUAAUACUACUGCUAAUAGUGCAAAAACCACACCCCAAAAAGGUACAAAAGUGAAGAUUGUUCAUAUAACUCCAAUCUUUGAUGAUUCAGAUGGUUUUGCCAAGAAUUUAAAUAAAGUAACAAAUUUAAUCAGUGAGAAAUUCCAUUCACUUUCAAUUGCUAGAAAUAACAGUGAUGCAUUCCAAUCUUUGGGAAGUGAAGAUCUAGUGAAUUCAUUGAAUGAUCAAAAUAAUAAACCGAAAACUCUUCCAUUGUCACAAAUGCUUCCACAUCUCCUCUACUGUGUUAUGGAUGAAUUAUUUGAAUCAGUUGAUGUUCCUGGUCUUGUCGAGGCAUGUUCAAAUUUACCACAAUAUAAGUUUUUCUCACCGUUGACAGGAUCAGAUGAGAUGACAUUAUCCGAUUUUAAUUGGAUUGCACGGAAUUAUGCUUACAGGUUUUGGUUAAAACAUUUCAAAGUGUAUAUAUCACAGGCAAUAUAUACAGUACAAAAAAGAAGAGUUGUAAGAUGUGCCACUUUUCAGUUCAGAAUGAGUAUCAAAAGUUGGCUAUCUACCCUUAAACCAUCAGAAAAUGCUGUCAAUUCAACUAAUGACGAUGCUAACAUACAAGAAGGAAAUGGUGCUGCGUUACAAAAGACAGAAGAAUCAAAUGGAAAGAAGUCUGAGAGAUCAUCAUAUUCACCAUUAACUGUUCAAACGAAGGAUGAUCAAAUCUCUACUUCUCAAAUCAUCAAUAAAAAGAAUAUUGUAACUAAUAAAAUAAGUCAAGAGAAUGACAAUAAACGUAUAGAAGACGGCGGUGAAAAAGAAGAGGAAGAAGAAAAAGAAGGAAAAGAGAAUUCUUCAAAAUCUGAUAAUUUUAAUAGUCCAAAUAGUUGUACAUUUUCCGAUGAAGACGAUGAGGAAGUAGACGGAACUGAUGAAGUUGACAAGUUAUCAUCAUUGGAAGUGAAUGAUGAUGAUGGUGAUGAAUUUGUUACAACUGACGAAAAAGUUUUCGCAGAUGAUAAUUGCUUUAUUAAUCAUGAUGAAAUGAAUGAAGAAUUAGAACGAACACUUGAAUUAGGUGAUGAUGAUGAAUUAAAUGAAAGCGCAAUAGAUCCACAUAUCACCACCUUAUCAUCCUUUAUUAAUAAAAGUUCAGAUGGUAUAGAUUGUUCGAUUGUACAUGAAAGUCAUACUACUGGCAAUGAUGAAACUGAGCCUGAUAAUAUAAAUUUGACAUCAGAGAACUCAAAACAAGCUGGCGACUCCAACCUAUGCUCUACACCGAACAAAUCCGUCACCGCUGCUUCAGAUAAAAUUGCCGAGGAUACUUCUACAGUAAUGGCUCCUCCUAGUAAGCUAUCUAGGAAAGAACGCAAAAAAGGCAAAGAAGAGGAUAUAUCUACUACAGCAAAUACCGAUAUGAAGGAAAAUAAUUCUGUAAAGGCUAAAAAAAGUAAAGUACUCCAGUGGAAUGAUGUUAUUCUUUCACGUAUUGCAGUUAGUCAGCCUGUAGAUGAUGAACGUCCGGACUACUAUAACUCUGAACUUUUAAAAGAUUUACAACCAGAGGAUUUUGAUUUCACUUUUGCUGCACGUAGCCAUUUUCCUUCCAGAGGUCAUCGUACUCAAACAUCAGUUUUAGGCCUAGCCUCACGAAAUCACCCGUCUACUCUAUUGGCUCAUUUUGAUGCACCCCAACCCCAGUGUCAAGCGUGUGGUGUAACUGGUCAUCGAUGGACUCAGUGUCAAACAUCCAAUGACAAAUCUGUAUCAUUUUUAGCCUGGCGUAAACUAUCGAAUAAAACAACUUGGCCGCCUAAAUCUGAACAAAUAAAGGAUUUAACUAGUUGUCUUGAACGUCUAGAAAAAUAUCAUGAAGCUGAUGAAAAAAUUCAUGCUCGCAAAGAAUUUGUUCAAAAAAUUCAACAAGUCUUUGCUAGUCGUUUCCCUUCUGUACAACUUGAAUUAUUUGGUUCUUGUGCGAAUGGAUUCGAUCUACAAUCAAGUGAUUUAGACGUUUGUGUAUUCUUUCCGACUAAAUCACCUGAAUGGUUAGCUAUGCAAGAUGAAAAGACAACUGUUGAGAUGAUUAAGAAAUUUAGAAAUCAAUUAUUUCGGAGCUCAAAUCGAUUACAACUCGUUCAAGUUCAACCGGUACUAAAAGCUCGUGUUCCAAUAUUGAAAGUAUCCUUUAGAAAUUCAUUUGAAGUGGACAUAAGCUUUUCUAAUUACCUCGCACUUUCAAAUACACGAAUGUUGGCCUUUUACAGUGAACUUCAACCGAAACUUCGUAUCUUGGGGAUUGCUUUGAAAACUGUCACCAAAAUAACAAAAAUUGGGAAGGCAGCAGCUGGUGGAAUUUCUUCAUAUGCAUGUAUUAUCAUGAUUAUUCAUUACUUACAACAAAUUGGUCAAUUGCCUGUUUUACAAGAACUCUAUGAAGGACAAUCGAAACCUGUUACUAUUGUCAAUGGUUGGGAUGUUUGGUACCAGAAUGAUUUAUCAGUUAUUAACCGUUUAUGGAAGCCAACUAAUCCAGAUCAACCAGUUGGUGAAUUGUGGUUAGGAUUUCUGCGUUAUUAUCUUUUUGAAUUUGAUCAUGAUGCAUAUGUUGUAACAAUUAGACAAAAGAAAUUACUGAUACGCUUUGUCAAGAUGUGGAAAUCGCUAUUCGCUAUUGAAGAUCCUUUCAAUCUGAACCAUAACCUUACAUCCGGUUUGAGUCAUUCAAUGCUUCUUUAUCUACUGAAUGUGUUUCACACCGUUCUCGUUCAUCAUACAACCUUCUUACGAAAACAAAUGUCUAUGGGACAAUGGUGCUACUCUUUAUUCUCACCGGAGCAUAUCGUUGUCGACAGAGCUGCACCAAAAGAUACACGUUGUUUUGUCUGUCAUCAGCUUGGUCAUUGGGCAUCACAGUGUCAAAAAAAUAAAAAAGCAACAAAUGUAGAAAAUAAAGAUGAAAUGUCAAUAGUUGAUUCAUUAAUUGGUCAUUUUUUGGAUAGAAAAUCCACAUCAACUUCUGAGUCUUCAGAAAAACCACUGAUGAGUGAUUCAGGUGACAGUCGUCAUAAUCCUCCUCAUCGACCACCUCGUCAUGUUAAUUCAAAUAUUCCUUCUUCACCUGGUAUGUUAUCUGCUAAUACUAUAAGACAAGGUAGGCCAGUUUUCACAUCAUCUAAUAAUUAUGGGAAUGUGUAUAAACCACAAAACAAUUAUUCAAGUCCUUCAGUGCAUAAUAAUAAUUAUCAGCAUCGUGAACAACGUCCUGCGUAUACCACCACCUAUGGACAAUCUUCGAAUCCAGUGAAUUAUAAUUCAAUGAAUGCAUUAUAUGCUCCACAACCUCCAGUAAAUUUUACACCUGGUCUUUUAGGCAAUGGCAAAAUGGUUUAUCCUAUACAACAUAAUAGGCACUAUCAACAACCACCACCACCACAACAACAACAGCGGCCAUACCAGCAUCCUUCUCAUCAGUAUCCUCCACCGCUUACUCAUGUACCACCAUACAAUAGUUACACUGCACAAGGAAAUCAUCAUAUGAAUUACUUAUCACACGAGCAGCAACAGAUUAGUAAUACAAAUAAUGCAAAUUGGAUAUCAAAUCCAAUUGUUUGCCAACCACAUAUACUACUUGCUUCUACAGACAAUGCAAUUAAAGCACCAGUUAAUAAUGCUAAUGCUAAUUCUAAACGAUCACCAUAUAAGCCUAAACAGGUGAAUGUUGCCACUACUCCUCAUCAGACUGAGAAUACGUCACAUACACCUAAUAAUCAUGAUUGGAAUUCUCAAAGUCCAAAGCAACCCGGUCAUCAUGGUGUAACAAACUAUAAUAUGUCUAAAAAUGUUUCAUCAUCUUCUGGUAGUGAGGAGAAAUUCACUUCAAGUUCAAAAAGAUCACGUAACCAACAAAACAGACAGUUUACUUUUUCAUCUUCGGAUGGAAAGCGAAAUUCUCAACACUUUUCAAAUAAUAUUUAUAAUGAAGAAAUUGAACCAUCAAAGCAGCUGCUGAAUAAUAAUAAUAAGUCUGUCUAUCCAAAUGAGACUCAAUUUACCAAGCACAAUAAUCAUUCAUGGAAUUCGUACAAAACUAAUUCUAGUCCUAAAAAGAAUUACGAUUCUCAACGGUCUAAUUAUUAUUCUCGUGCAACUGGCUCUUCAAGACAAUAUGACUAUGAAGUAGACGCAAGUUUAAGUGAACGUCUACACAAUAUGCAUGCUACACAUCCAUCCCAUCAAACUGAGUAUAAAUAACAAAUGAAGUCGUCUUAUUCUGGACUACAAUGCUUCUUCUUUAUGUCAAUAUUGUAUAAUUGUGAUGGAUGUUAAUGAUAAUUUAUCUUCUCGUCUUUUUUUGGCAUGCAAUGUUUAUGUAUAGGCUACAUGACGAACGAUCUUCAGAUGUAUAUUUGUGUAUCCUUUAAACAUUGCAUUAGAAACUUUCAUCACUUCUUACUCCUAUACUAAUAUCGUUAUUGGCGAUGACUAAAGAUUGUGAUGAGUCCAACAAUACCAUUGCAUUUCUCAUUUUACCCUUAUGUGUGUGUAUUUUGGUUUAAAUAUUAUUAUUUAAAUGAUCAGUUUUUAUUGAAAUCAAUCCUACACCUUUGAGUUGUAGUGUGUGUGUCUUUGUUCUCUAGCUCUUUUUUCGCACUAUACUUGUCCGUAAUGAAUUCAGAGUUGUGUAUGUGUAUAGUUUUUUAGAAGCAAAUAUGUGGAUUAUCCUUAAAAAUCGACAAUGGUAACACUUUUUGUUUUACAUCGUAGUAGAAGUUCCCUGAUUGAUUGUUUUAGAAUACUGGCUUGAACAUUUUUAAGAAAUUGAAUCCCAGCCUUCUAAGUAG